AUUUUCUGUAUGCGGAGUUACAAAAUGCGUGCAAAAUGUCAGCCUUUGGCAGUUUGGCCUCGUCAGUCUCAGUUGUAAAGUAAAAAUGUAAACAAAAGGCUGGAGGGCGUAUCAUGAACGAAGAAACAAAAUGUUAGACAAGGGCAGUUUUACUCUGUUUGGGUUCGGAAUCUUCUUCGGAUUCAGUGUUACGUAUUUUUAUUCCUUCUACAGCGCUACAACUGUACAUCACAGUCCAAAGGGAUCUCCGGGGUUCAUAUUCGGCGGAUUUUUUCCAGAGAGCCCACAUAGUCAUGGGGAAAAUGACAAAGUGGCAGGACCAAACCAAAUCAUCGAGUGGGCAGACCAACAUUUUAACACUCACUCAGAGGAGGUUUCAGAAGUGGCCAGGGCUUUGGAGAAGAAAGUCCGUGUGUUGUGUUGGGUAAUGACAAAUCCAUCAAACCACGAGAGCAAAGCUCGCCACGUGAAAGCAACCUGGGGUAAGCGGUGCAACAAGUUGCUGUUUAUGAGUUCCGUUGCUGACGAUAAACUUCCCUCCAUCGCCCUGAAAGUUUCCGAGGGCCGCAACAACCUAUGGGCCAAAACGAAAGCGGCCUUCAAAUACAUUUACCAAAACCAUUACAAUGAUGCCGACUGGUUCAUGAAGGCAGAUGAUGAUACAUAUGUUAUUGUAGAAAAUCUGCGAUAUUUCCUUGCCAACAAGAACACCAAUGAGGCCAGUUACUUUGGUCGACGGUUCAAGCCCUACGUGCCCCAGGGCUACAUGUCUGGGGGAGCGGGGUAUGUUCUCAGUAAAAUGGCGCUCAAAAAGUUUGUAGAGAAAGGGGUGGACGAUCCAAAGUUUUGCCGGGUGGAUGCAGGGGGAGCAGAGGACUUGGAGUUCGGGAAAUGUAUGCAGAGGGUCGGGGUCAUUGCAGGUGACAGUCUGGACAAGCUGGGUAGGGAGACGUUCAUGCCUUUUGUACCGGAGCACCACCUGAUCCCUGGGAUCCUCCCCAAGGACAUGUGGUACUUCUCCUACAACUUCCACCCAGUCAAACAGGGUCCAGAGUGCUGCAGUGACUACGCCAUUUCCUUCCACUACGUCAAUCCAAACAUGAUGUACGUCUUGGAGUACCUCAUCUAUCAUCUCAAACCGUACGGCAUCAACACAGUCACUAAGAUAGAGAUGGACUCCGAGUCAAAGACAGCAGCGAAUGUGAACGAGGAAAAGACACUCAUAGCAAAAGAUAAAAUAAUAAAAUCUGAGACCGUCAAAAAGACAGAGGCCCCCAAAAUUUUAAGUACCCUUAAACCCACCCCUCAACCCGUCCGUAAAACCAGCCCCACCCCCACCCCCACCCCCACCCCAAUGGCAGAGGUGAAGACGGAGCAGAAAAAGACAGUGGCCCCCAAACUGGACAUACCCAAGCCAGGAGAGGAGAAGGGGACGUCAUAGCGAAGGGAGGAAGGGAAGAAGUGUCAUUCUGGUGAAGAGGUUAUUGUGAUUUUUGUAUGGUUUUAAUUGGGAUUCGAUUCUAUAACCUUUGAAAGGGCAGGGUGGUCAAGGCCAUGGUAAGACAAAAUAAAUCUUUUGAAGAAGAAGAGCUCUGCCAAAAAAUUACUGGAUGGUAUAAUUGGAAGUCGUUCAGAUUUUGGAGCCAAAUUGUAAACAGUUUUUCAUCUUAUACAUGUACAUGUACUGAUGUUAGGUUGAUCUGAAUGGGUGACCACCCAGCCUUUUCAUUGGUUGAUAUGUUACAAUUUGAUUUUAAGGGGGAGUUUUUAUGUGCUGAUGAUCUGUGUGUCUGAUAUUUAGAAUGAUUUGUAGAAUACUGAAUGAAAAAUGUGUGAGUUUGUCGAAUUUAUAUGUAUAGAUGCAGAAAAUAUUUUACAGAAGAAUUGUUGACAUGCAUUUAUUUGCCAUUUUUUUUCCACGAAAAAAUAUGCUUGCCAUUUGUGUAUCAUAGAUGUGUAUUACAGAUUAUAGUACUCUCAUUAUGUGUCAAUCUUUUAUGCUGUAAAGUUUGUUAUAGUAAGAAAAGAACUAAAGAAGCAGGCUCAAUAUUUCACUGUAAAGGCCUACAUUCCAUUCAAACUAUUGUUUGUUUCCACUUUUUUGACCCCAUGGAUUUUUUUCUUUCAUCGGAAUGGUUAGUUAAGGAUACAAACUUAAGAUGUUUAUUACAUCUAUGAAUUUCUUUUCAAUUUAAAAAGAAGGUUACCGGUAUUUUUCUUUCAAAUACUGCAAGGAUCCAACAGCUUUAUUGAUAAUAAGAUGAAAAGCAAUCUACCAAACUGCUGCACUUUUUUCCACCUGCUGUUAACAUAUUAUUUGAGAAAGAGACAGCUAGUUUUGUUCUUUGAUUGACAUUAUACAUAGGUUAACACUGUUAUAUUCAUACAAAGUAUACAGUUUUACAUGUGUAUCAAUGUUUGUAUGGCUUUGGAAGCAAUCUUCGAAGGGGAGGGAUGUCGUAUAUAUAAUGUAAAAUUUAUGUUUUCUACAAAACCUACACGAAGUAUUAUAAAGUAUUGAUAAUUUCUAUUUGAUAUCCAGCAUGAAUUUUAUGUACAUUGCUAAUAUUUACCUUUUAUUCUAGCUAUUAUAUCAAUUAAAUUAUUUUAUUGAUUGUGAAUUUUUUCCUCUUAGGCCAUGGUUGAAUUCUUCUAUCAACAGGGUAUAUAUAUCUAUAACCCAAUGCUUGCUCCUUUCGAGUUAAUUCUAUACUGUUUGUUCUGUCAAUAUUUUCUGUUUAAAAGUUUGCCUUCGUUAAAUAAAAAAAAUCAUAUAUUUCAACA